GCCCGAACUCCCCUGGAGCAGGAGAUCUUCGGACUGCUCCGCAAGACACAGCAGCCCAUCACAGACCCACUCCUGACACCGGAGGAGACAGCCUCACUGCAGGCAAUGAGCCUGGAGGAGGCCCGGCAGCGGCGGGCAGAGCUGCAGAAGGCUCGGGUCGUGCAGUCCUACUACGAAGCCAAGGCUCGGCGAGAGAAGAAGAUCAAGAGCAAAAAGUACCAUCGUGUGCUGAAAAAAACCAAGAGACGCAAGGCCUUAAAAGAGUUUGAGCUGCUGCAUAAGUCGGACCCUGAGGCCGCCUUGGCAAGGCUGGAGGAGCUGGAGCAGCUCAGGAUGCAGGAGCGGAUGAGUCUUAAGCACCAGAACAAGGGAAAAUGGGCCCGCUCCAGGGCCAUUAUGGCUAAGUACGACCUGGAGGCCCGCAAAGCCAUGCAGGAGCAGCUGGCCAAGAACAAGGAGCUGACGCAGAAGGUGCGGGUGGAGCUGCCUGAGGAGGAGCCAGGCGACGUGCCUGAGGAGGACGUCACGUCGGUGACCGUCCCCACCGUCCCAGCGGGUGCCAGUGGAGCGAAUCCCUGGAUGCUCGGCAAGCCCAGCAGCCCAGCCAAGGAGCCUGAGGUGCAGGAGGGCGUUGGAGAUGUUGCGGUGCCUGGUGCUGCAGAGAGCAAGGAGGAGGAGGAGGAAGAGAUGUCAGAGGAGGAAGCUCUGCUACAAGACUUUGCGCAGAAACGGCACGUGCGGCAGCAGCGGGCAGGGAGCCCUGAGGGGCGAGGUGCUGAUGAGGCAGAGGCAGUCUCUGAGCUGCUGGGGGAUGGCCCCAUCCCCACCAUCUGUGCCGAGGAGCAGGGGAGCGCGGGGAUCGAGCAGCCCCCCCAGGCUCUGGCCUCGGAGGAGCACCGGGAAGAGCCGGAGAAGCCAGCGGCCACGGGAGCAGAGAAGCGAGUGCAGCAGCAGGAGGAAGGCAGAGCUGGGGACAGGCGUGCCAAGAAGCCACCAGCCAAGAAGAAAAUCAUUAGCCUGCAGGCCAUGCUGGCUGAGACGUCCCAGGAGGUUCAGUGCCCCAGCCUGCCCGUGGUCGUGGAGGAGGAGGAGGGAGGCUUCGACCAGAGAGCGGUCAUCACAGAGGCCUUGGCCGGGGACGACGUGGUCGCUGACUUCCGCCGGGAGAAGCGCAAGGCAGAGCAGGCUGCGAAGCCGCAGCCGGUGAACCUGGUGCUGCCGGGCUGGGGCGAGUGGGGAGGCACGGGACUGAAGCCCAGCACCAAGAAAAUAAAACGGUGGUCAGCAGGGCAGGGGCUGGACACACGGCGUGAGUGGGCCCUGGGCGGCAGCGUCAGUGAGCUGCCCUUCCCCUUUGAGAGGCACCAGCAGUUUGAGCAGAGCAUCCGGACGCCCGUGGGGCCCACGUGGAACACGCAGCGUGCCUUCCAGAAGCUGACCGCCCCCCGUGUCAUUACCCGAGCGGGCCACAUCAUCCAGCCCAUCUCUGCUGAGGAUGUGCCCAAC